GCUGGACCGCAACAUAGUCAAAGAGUGAAAGGGAAGAGGGCGAAAGUGCCACUGGAAAUAAUUGAUUCGCUACCAGUCAAUGAUAACUUGUUAGUAAUCGUCAAGUGUUUGGAGCUCGCCAUUUUCAGGGAGGCUUCUCGUCGCACCGGACUCUGGAGGAGCACUUUGAAGGCAUCCCGUUUUGGAAUAAGAUUGUCCACCUUCAGUCUCCCACUGUUAUGUGACUUUUGCAACCCAUCUCCCCUGCAUAGCCGCACUCGUUUUCAGAUCUGAUUUUCCCCACCCCGACCCUGCAGUCCAACUCACCACCAGUGAUGACAUCCAAAGAAGUGGCCAAAUGUGAUGCGGGGGAAAACAGGAGGCGAAGCCCGCUGGACCACUUGCCUCCCCCCGCCAACUCCAACAAGCCACUGACCCCCUUCAGCAUCGAGGACAUCCUCAACAAGCCGUCCGUGAAGCGAAGUUACACUAUUUGUGGCACGGCUCAUCUCAUCUCGUCCAGCGAGAAGCACCGCGCCUCUAGCUUGCCUCUGGCCAGCCGGGCUCUGCUCACCCAAACCUCGCCGCUGUGCGCCCUGGAGGAGCUGGCCAGCAAAACCUUCAAGGGGCUGGAGGUCAGCGUGCUACAGGCGGCAGAAGGGCGGGACGGCAUGACCCUUUUCGGCCAGAGAACCACCCCGAAGAAGCGCCGAAAGUCCCGCACGGCCUUCACCAACCAUCAAAUCUACGAGCUGGAAAAGCGCUUCCUGUACCAGAAGUACUUAUCCCCUGCCGACCGGGACCAGAUCGCCCAGCAGCUCGGCCUGACCAACGCGCAGGUCAUCACGUGGUUUCAGAACCGCAGGGCCAAGCUAAAGCGAGACCUGGAGGAAAUGAAGGCUGACGUGGAGUCGGCUAAGGCUAUCGGCCAGGUCCCCCUGGACAAGCUGGCCAAACUGGCCGACCUGGAGAAAUGCGCCAACGGCACGCUGGGCCAUCCGCGAGUCGACUCCCCCACGCGGGGGGGCCAGCAGGAGCACGAUCUCGGCCAGAAAGUGACGAGGUCCCCGCUGUCGCCUUUCUCAGACCACACAACGAGCAAAGAGUGCUCGGAGGACGAGGACGUGGAAAUUGACGUGGAUGACUGAUGGCGCUGUAGCGCGGGAGAGCCAAAUAAAAAAAACAAUUCAUCAAGAAAAAAGACGAUGGACACAAACACCGUCGAGGACUUACUUGUAACUUACUGCUUAUAUUGUGUACCACUUUUCUGAACAUGUACCAAAAUGUAAUUAUACUUUUGUACGGGCACUCAUAGUGGAUAAGCAUGGAUACACAACAAGAAGAAAUAUGCAGUGGUCAUUCACGAUAUGUAACAAACAGUCUUUGCAAUCAAAGCAAUAUGGUCAAAAAUGACACGUGUAACUUAUUACUAUUAUGAUUAUUGUUCUUGUUAUUUUUUUAACGCCAACACACAAACAGGCGCGCGCACACGCACAUUCAGAACCUGUUCGUUCCAUUACUUUUCAUAUAGGGCCUGCCCUCACCCAAUCAUGUUUUGCAUGCAAAUGCAUGAUUUGAUUUGUGAUUACUGUUCUAUUUAUUUUACGUAGUUUUUUCCCCGUUUGUUUCUUUUUUAAUGUAAAUGUUUUGUGUUUCGUGAGCCACUGCGGGCUCCUGUCCUCUUUUCACCUUGUGCCGCAGUGCAUGAAGAUUGGGAUUUUCUUUCCUACGAUGAGGCGUUUUAUCUGAUGCCGAAAAAACUCCUUUUUAUUGCGGUGAUUUUCAUUCUUUUUUUUUUUUUGAUUACUUUGUUUGGAUACCGUUUGUUAUUAUUUGAACACCUGUAAGUGCCUUUCUAAAAAUCAGGAUUUGAAAACCAAUUAAUGCACAGACUGCAAUGUACAUAGGCAACAAUGGGAAUAAAAUGACUUUUUUCCCCGCUGAA